GUCCAGGAAGGGACUGUUCUCUAGGUUGAGGCUUUAAAAAAAAAAAGAAAAAAAAGAAGCGACUGUUCUUUCCCUCCGCUCAUUUUCCUCUCAGCCAGACCCAAACUCUCGUCGGAUCCUCCUCGCCGGUGCGGCUCCUCCCCGAAAUCCGGCCGAAUCCGCGGUCGUGGUUCCAAUGGAAGCCCAUAGGGAGAGCUCCGAGCCCGCCCCCGAAACGGCGGCGGCUGCAUCCGCGGCCGCGGCCGCGUCGGUGCUUGACGACGACGACCUCCUCCGCGAGAUCCUCCUCCACCUCGACCUCCCCACCGCCCUCGUCCGCGCCGCCGCCGUCUCCAGGCGCUGGCUCCGGUGCGCCUCCGACCCCGCCUUCCUCCGCCGAUUCCGCGCGCGGAACCCGCCCCGCCUCCUCGGCUUCUACGUCAACACCGGCGAAGCGCAGCGCCUGCGCUUCGUGCCGCUGGCGCGGGACCCGGAGCUCGCCGCCGUCGUCCGCCGUGGCAGCUUCGAUUUGGGCGAAGAAGCCGGAUCCGUGCGGGACUUCCGCAACGGCCGUCUCCUCGUCUUCGACGACGGCAAAUACGUCGUGCGCAGCCCGCUGCACCCUGAGCGGGGCACUGACAACCUUCGGGAGCCUCCGAUCCCGACCGAAGCUUACACCAUCCUUUUCUACUUGAUUGACUUCUUGUUCUACGAGAGCAGUGAUAACAGCGUGGCGUGCACUUCGGUGAUAGUGAUGUGCACUGAGCGGCAAGCAUGGGUGCACCUAUCCGACUUACAAGGCGGAGUCUGGAGUGAAGGCCGCUACUCAGGCAUGAUAGAUAUACCAGCACAAGGAUCGUUGAGGGGAUGCGAGCACCAUGCGUUGCUUGCCAAUGGCAAACUCUACAUGUUAUGUUUGCCGCAUCACAUUAUUGGGUUUGAUUUGCCCUCCACGAGCUCUUUCUGUAUUGAACUCCCAGACGGAGUGCAGUACGAGUUUCUUGAAACCAUUGGGCUGUCCUGUGCCAAGGGCUCAGGAUUUUUCCUCAUCCACUUGAAGGGACUUCAGAUGUCUGUUUGGCUCCACAGAGUGGAUCACAGCAGCAUCGGCACUUGGAAGCUAAUAGAUACAAUUUUUCUGCCGCAGGCAUUUGCUCACCUUGUAGAGCUCACUUGGGAUUCGCUGCCUGAUAUUAUUCGUGUGGCUGCAGUCGGGGACAAUGCUGACUUUGUGCUCUUGCGGAUACAAUAUAAACUCUUCUAUAUGCAUAUAUCAAGCAGGACAGUGGAGGAGGUAUAUGAGGCGAAUCAAGCCCAUGGUUUCUUGUAUGGGGUCUAUCCAUUUAUGAUGCCUUGGCCUCCCACCUUCCCAGUGCUGAGUGGUGGAAAUGAUCAUGAUCGGUGAUCCUUUAAGGUUGAUGUCUGAAGCCAUCAUGUUUAUUAGAAAGCAUUGGUCUAUGGAUCCUUAUCGUUUCAGCAUUUUCUAUUUUGGUCUUCUAGACGAUGCAAUUCAAUGAACUUAUAAUCCUUGUAUGUGGAGCUGAUAGUCCACUAGUUUACCUAAACAUGUGUGUAUUUGUUGGUUAAAUACUGAUAUUUAUACUGAGGAUAUACAGAAUGAUUAGCCUA